AUGCCGCAGGUGCGCGCGGGUGUGAUCCUGCCGGCUAACUCCAGCGAGUUCUACCCGACGCUGGAGCGCGUGAUGCCGCUGCUGGAGAUGGCCGCCGCCCGCGCGGAGGCCGAGCUCAACAUCUCGUUCGACUUCAUCCAGGCGGACUCGGGCUGCCAGGCGCAGUACUCGUCCGCCAUCGCCGUCGAGCAGUACUCCACCGACUGCGUGCACGUCUUCCUGGGCCCCACCUGCGAGUACGACCUGGCGGUGGUGGCGCGGAUGGCCAAGUUCUGGGGCGUGCCACUGGUCACCGGCGGGGGCAUGACGCUGGACUACACGUACAAGAAGCAGGACUGCGACAACGAGUACUACAUGCUGGUGCGCACCAGCCAGAUGAGCUUCCGGGACCUGUCCUACAUGAUCAUCGCCGCCAUGCAACAGUACAACUGGAGCAAAGUAAUGCUGAUCUACGACAGAAACGGCUACCGGGCGCUCUCUGGAGAAGACACGUGCAAAAUGUACAUGCAGACGAUGGUCGGCGCCCUCAAGAACGAAAGCCUCGCGUACGGCGUGUACGACAUCGAGAAGUACCCGGAUCGCAACUACGUGGAGUACCUGCGAACCGAGCUGGGCUUCACCUACACGAGUGAGUACCCACACCAGCCUAUACAUUUUCAAUCACUAGCUUAG